UGGUGUGGAUGGGAGCUGCAGCUCAUCGGCACUUGGGGGAUUUUUGGGGAGUCCUAAAGCACGAACUCAACUCUGAUCUUCCUCGGGUAGUGUUGGGAGUUACUGUGAUCCUCGUUCUGGAAGCCUCAAUAAUAUUUAAUUUUGAGUUCAUGAGGACUAUCUGGACUUUCUGAAGGUUUCUUUUCACUGCCAGGACAGAGAACUGGAGUUCGGAGCUAGGUGUCCUGGAAUGCUGCAGUUGGAUGCUCAGCAGCUUUACCUGGGGAUCUUUGGGGAUGCCUGGGAAAUAAGGCCCAGGAUGGGUGGAAGUCCCAAAGUUUUCAGGGGGGGUUGGCAGAGUUGCUGUAGCUGUCAGUGUUUGUUUUAGACCCACUUGAGGUGUCAGCUUGGUGAUUGUGCUGAGCCCUUCACAGGAAGGGAAUUGGGUUUCCUUCAACAUCUUUUAGUUCCAAAUUUCUGUAGUGAUGGCUGUAUAAGGCUUGUGCUGUUUCAUAUGUUUGUUUAGGGCAGGCCUUUUUUCUCUCUCUAAGCCAAGAUCCGUGUGCUGUUAACAAUUAAUAAUUAGGUGCAUUGGGAAUAUUAAUAAAUGCAUCGAGAGAAAUGGAAUUGAUAAUGGCUGCUGGGCUCCACUCAUCUGGGUAUGUGCUCCUAAUUCCAUAUAUUUGUAAUUUAUUGGGGAAAUGAGAGUCUGUGUUUUUCAGGUGGGUGAAAUGCUGCCCGUGAUGUUUCUUGGUUAGAAAUCCAGGAUUGUGGGGAGCACUGGGUGUUGUUGGCCCUCUGGAGCAGGUGAGGCUUCCUGUGACCCCACACUGGCCCUGCUCACACUGCUCUGACACAGGUACCACCUUCAGGCAGCACAACUGGGCCUUGGCUUUUCCAAGGGGUGCAGGAGACUCCCCUGGGCACGGGGGGCUCGUACCAGCCCAUGGAAAACCCUGCAGCUCCUGGUGGCUCACAGUGAUCCUGUGAUUAUUGAAAUUACUGUGAGCCUGAGAGUUACCUGGGACACUGAGAGCACUGAGCUGUUACCUGAAACCUGCCAGCUGCUGCAGAGGGGUUCUGUGGGUUUGGUUUGACAGCAGCUUCUCCUUAUGCAGCCUCUGAAUGUGCAUGAGCUCUGAGGAGGUGAGGGUGAAGCUCAGAGAAGGUCACGCUGUGUCUGAGCCCCUCGGGGUGCCCACCUGCCUGUCCCCCAGCCAGCACAAGGCUUCUCUUGGCUGCCUCCUGUAGCUUUGCUGACCUUGGGGUUUUUCCAUCUGCUUACGUUUCCAUUUCUGGAAAAGGGUUCGUUUCUCCCCUCACAAGUUAGGUUAAAUUAUCUUCUGGAUUUUUUUGCUUUGAUUCUGUUUCAGAGAGUUUGUUUAUUCCAGGAAAUCCAUCACAAGCUCUGGGUUAGAAUUUCGGUUGCAGAAUAAUUUGAGUUAAUAUUAAAAUCAAAUGCUUCAAAACUCAUGAGUGCCUGCAUUUUUGUUAGCUUAAUUGAAUCUGGUUAAGUGUAAUUUUGAUGUAAUUACAAUAAGAAAAAUACCCUUUGCCAUGUUUCAGAAUGAGAAUUUUCUUCAAUAACCAAUUUUUAGGAGUUGCUGGAGGAGAAUCUUUGUUCCACGUUUGCUGGAAGUAGUGUGAGCGAGAGGGGAAGCUGUGCUGAGGAGGAGAGCUUUGUCAGCUCGUGGAUCCCAGCGAGUGUUCCCAACCUUUGUCACUCUGUAAAGCUUUAACCUCGUCAUGAAAGUUCCCGAUAGCAGCUGGGAGGAUCGAGCUGCAGCCAAUCCCACAGGCUCAGUGUUUGUAGCCUCAGUUAAAUAAGCAAGAAUUGAUAUUUUGGCCUUCUCUUCUGAAGAGCCGCUGGCCAGGAUGGAGCAGUUUUGCUCAGGGAGCGCAGCAUGAAUUUCCCAAAAGCUGAUGUAAAUUAGGGGCUUUUUGUCCUCUCCAGUCCGUGGGGUUUUGCUGUUGAGAUGAGUGAGAGCAGGGCUGGAUCGUGCUGGGCUGUUACAGCUCAGUGUUUCUAGCACAGGGGGAAGUGGCCCACGCUCUGUUCCAGGUGUGUCUCACUGUGUUCAUGAUCCAUUCAUCACUUCGUCAGAGCUGCUUUUAGUCCCAAUCACCUCCAGAAAUGCAGUAACCACUCCAAAGUGUUUCAGUUUCACUUUAUCACAUUUAUUCCUUCAAAUUACUUUAGGCCUGAGCUCAGUGCUACCCUCAGAGAUGUAGGUAGUGAGGCAUCGUUUAUUUUUAGAAAAGAAUGAAUCAUCUCUUGAAUGUGUCUUGUCUCUUUUUGCUUUGUUGAAAAGUAAAUUCAGGGAGCUGGGACCUGCUGGCUCUGGGUCCAUGAGCAGGAUCCCAUCGUGGGCAGGUGAUGAGGGUGCCCCAGGAGUGACCAGAAAUUGAGCAGAGCUCAGUUUGGAGCAGCUGAACUGCAGGGACAGAGCCUGUGGGUGCAGCAGGUUACUGGCUUUUGCUUUGCAGGUUGUUUUAUUGGUGAACAACUGCUCUGAAAUCUGCAAGGGAGAAUACACGUGUGUCCUCUCACCCUGAACUAUUUCCAGUUUCCAGCUCUGCUCCUGGGCAAAGUUUAAGAGGAGGGGAAGACUCUGUUGCUCUGUGGAUUAAAUCAGUUGUGCGUGGGGGGUUUGAAUCUCGGAGCUUUGCAAAAACUGUGGUCUUUGUUUUUUCUUCUCACAUGGUUGUCUUGAACCUCUCCAGUGUUUGGAGGCUUCUUGUUGCUGAACUGGGGCUUGUCCUUGCAGCAAACAGCUCUGGCACGAGGUGUGACCUUGGCAGAGGAAUUAUCUCUAAAGCUAUUGCAACUGCUUCCUUAUCCUUGUGCUGUAUGUUUGAGGCCUGGUAGUGAGCCACUCCUUAACUUCAGAAUCCAGGAGCCUGGCCUCCAACAUACCCAGCUUGCUUAUCUGUGUGUUUGUGGAUAUGAGCUGGAUUAAUGGCUUUCACCUUUUAAAGUCCAGCAAAUUGCAGCAGUGAAAUGGAGCAUCGUUCUGUGGUUGGAGGAAAUGUUUUAGCUGCUUGUGGGGUGUUGGGAUAUCUUGGGGGGAGGAUUUUUGCAAAAGGGUGGUUUUAUUCACUGCCCUGUAACUGUAGUUAUUAUUUCACUAUGUGAAAAGCCACGAUUUUCCUCUGUGCUGCUGCUGGAUUGUUGGAUUCCUCACCCAAAUGCCUUUGAGCAGCUCUGGGAGAGGGACCUUGAAGUCCCACACUAUCUUAUGCUGUGGGAAUGAGCAUUUCUCUGUGUCAGGUGCCAGGCUGGAGUCCUGCAGCUCUUCUUGUCUGUCUCUCAUGUAACCCUCUCACUCUAAUUAUGGUCCUUGUUGCCCAGACCCAAAGUGAGAAGAUCCUGUUCUCUCCCCAGCAGGCUGGGAUGGUGUGUAAGUUUGUCUUGGCAAUUCAAAACCUUUAAUCUCCUUGGUUACAAGUUUAAGGAAAUCAUUAGUGUCUGUUGAUGUGUGUGAGAUUCCUGGGGGAUGGGAUAGGACUCGGGGAAGUUCAGGAGGAAUCGUGGCACAGCACAGGUGAUGCUUGGUUAGUACAGAUAUCACUAAUUCCGUUAAGUUAUACAGUUUCUUCUCCUUGACAUAUGUUUUUUUACCUUCCUUUCUAGGAAGGGGUCUGGAGGAGGGAAAAUUUCCCUUUCUGGUGAAAGGGGACUGGAGCAUUAUGACAGUCAAGUCUUUAAAAGCUUAUGAGUUCCCAGAGUCCUUGCCGAGUAGCCGCUGCCUCCGCUGAUGUUGUCGGAUGUCAAUAAAGAGAGGUUGAAGGCAACACUUCUAAUGGAGGUAACAUCAAAAGGUGCUGGCUUGAACCCCAACGCAAAAGUGUGGCAAGAAGUGCCCCAGGGCAGUGGUGAGGCCGUGCCCCCCACCAAUGGCACAGAGCACACGUGGCAGGAGACAGCAGCAGCCCAGGGGACUCCAGCUGAGGGUAACAUAGAGAUCUCAGAGGACAGUUGCAAGCAGUAUGAAGUGAUGUAUUCCCCGUCCUGUGAAGCCACAAGGAAUGGCACAGGGGUUGAGGAGGCGUCAGCAAAUGGAAUUGUCCUGGCAACUGAAGAUCUGGGCUACCAAAUCUAUGAAGUGUCUGGUGAUGGCAGCUCCUCUGUGUCCACAGAAGACAUCAGAGAAUGUUUGAGAAAACAACUCGAAUUCUGCUUCUCACGAGAGAAUCUUUCAAAGGAUCUCUACUUGAUGUCUCAGAUGGACAGUGAUCAGUUCGUUCCAAUAUGGACAAUUGCCAACAUGGAAGGGAUUAAGAAGCUGACAACGGAUAUGGACCUUAUUCUUGAAGUUUUGAGAUCUUCUCCAAUGGUACAAGUGGAUGAAAGGGGGGAGAAAGUCAGACCAAACCACAAACGAUGUAUUAUCAUUCUCCGUGAGAUCCCUGAAACAACACCUAUAGAGGAGGUGAAGGCUCUGUUCAAGAAUGAGAACUGCCCCAAGGUGAUAAGCUGUGAGUUUGCUCACAACAACAACUGGUACGUUACAUUCCAGUCCGACACAGACGCUCAACAGGCGUUCAAAUACUUAAGGGAAGAAGUGAAAACCUUUCAGGGCAAGCCAGUAAUGGCCAGGAUAAAAGCCAUCAACACAUUUUUUGCUAAGAAUGGUUACCGGGUGGUGGAUUCCAGUGUGUAUUCCCAGCCUGUGCAGACCCAAGCCCAGUUUGCCUCCCCCCUGUUUAUGCAGCCUGUAUAUAGCCCUCAGCAGUACUCCAUUUACAGCAUCGUGCCUCAGACGUGGUCUCCAAAUCCUGCACCUUACUUUGAGACACCACUGGCCCCGUUUCCCAACGGUGGAUUUGUGAAUGGCUUUAAUACACCAGGAUCUUAUAAAACAAAUGCUGCUUCUCUGAGUAUAGGUCGCCCAUUCCACAGGAAUAGGGUGAAGCCUCAUUUCCGUUCCUCCAGCAGCUCCGAGCACCCGGAGGGGCCUCCCGGCGCCGGGGCCCUGCCCAUGGGGGACCUGAGCAGAUCCAGCUCGAGGAAUUUUGUCAUGGAGAGACACAGCAGCUCCUUAACUGGGCACCAAGAGCAAGGGUAUUCCCAGAAGGAUUCCCCCACGGCCCAGCUGGAGCAGAACGGCGACUACGGCGUCGGCAGGGGCAGGAGGAACGUGUUCAGAGGUCGGAGGAGACGGGAGGACGACCGAGUUUCAAGACCUCAGCCUUCAGCAGAAACAAAGACUCAGACACCAAAGUUUGACUUGCUUGCAUCCAAUUUCCCACCUUUGCCUGGCAGCACAGCAAAAAUUCUGGGAGAGCCUGUGCUGGAGAGCAGGAUGUCCGACAUUGUUAAAGGAGUCUGCAAAGAGAAGGAAAGCAAAGACUCCGUGUCCCCGUGCCCGGCUCCUGCUCCGGACGAACAAACGCCCAGCGCUGCCCAACCGCCCGUGCCCAGCGUCAGCUCCCCGAGCCAGACUGAGCCCGUGCUGCUGAGCACGGUUCAGCCAGAGAGCAAACCAGAAGAAGUGUCUGCUCCAAAGGACGCGGCCAGCCCGGCUUCUCCACCGGCACCCGUGUGUCCCAUCAGUGCUGCAAAGCCACCCAGGACAAACACCUCCUCACCUUCUGCUCCAGCAAGUGCAGCUCCUGCUCUGUCAACACAGGAGCCUCGCAAGCUCAGUUACGCCGAAGUUUGCCAGAAACCCCCAAAGGAGCCUCCUCCAGUCCCCAUCCAACCUCUGAGGGAACAUCGCACCAACAUCGUUCCCCCUGCCAAAAAUGAAGAGAAUGGCACGGUGGAGAAGGUUCCAGAGAAGGCUCCUCACGAGAGGGCUGAAGGAAGAAUGAAGGAUUUCUCCGGGUUCCGAGGCAGUGGAGCUCCCAGGGGAGCUGCUGGGAAAAUCAGGGAACAGAGGCGCCAGUUUGGACGCAGAUCUUCGCCUCAGGGAGCGCCACGCCGAGUGGGCAAGGAGCAGUUCAUGGUGGGCAAGGAGCAGCAGUACACGGUGGGCAAGGAGCAGCAGUACGUGGGCAACGUGGGCAAGGAGCAGUACGUGCCACCCCAGUCACCAAAGUAACGCUGAGCCAGCCAAUGAUUUCUCUGUUCGACUUGAGCUGUGGACUAAAGAGCAGCAGAGAGACUUGAGGAGGGAAGGAUUCGGGAAGGGGAAUACUGAACUGGAGCGUGGCUUGUUUGGAGAAGUUGUGGAGGGUCCCAAAAUUCAUCUCUAAAAGUGAUUUCAUAAAUGCUGGAGGAUUCCAAUCACUAUAAAUAUAGAGAUUAUAAUUUUUGUAUUUUUUUUUGUUUUUAAUUUGCAGAGGGUUUCCUGCUUGAAAUCAGCUUUGGGAUUGUGAAAGUAGCGUUUUGACAAAGUGAAAGAAUAUGAGUUGACAAAUUAACCUGUCCCUCGGUGUAGGAGGAAGAGGAUUAAGAGAAUAUUAUUUUUGGAAAAUGAGCAUUUCUGUAAAAUUAGAACUUUUUUUAACCUAUUUAACGUUUGGCUUGUGGGCUGGUGUGUCUGCCGUGGAUGGCCUGGCAUUGCAGGGGCCUCUGCAGCAGCAUGAGCAGAGCGAGUGCAGCCAGAACUGUUGUCAUCACUUAGUCACUGAUGAUGAAAACUGAAUGUACUACUGUAGUAACCCAUGUGUUUCCAGCUUGAAGUAGAGUCUCUUGACCUUACUAAUGUUUCAUUCAGCAAGCUUUUUAAGGUAUAAAUUUUGCAGGAUACUGGGUUGUAGAUGAGAGUGUGUGGACAGCAGAAAUCGUCUCGUAGACGCAGUGGAAGGAGGCAAAGGGAGCAUGGGAGAAUCUUUAUUUUGCCCUUUUUCCUCGCCUCCUUUUGAGGGCAACUCCUUAGGUUUGGGGUUUUGUUUGUUUGCUUUUUCCCUCUCCUUGUUACUUUCUCUAAUUUCUUUAUUACAGGCUUUAGUGCAUUUUUUUUUUUUUUUCUUGGUGUGUUUUCCUGAGGCAGCCCCAGGGUGGGGACGGGCAGGUGACUCCAGAGCAUCUGGUGUUACCUGCACAGGUAGAGAGCCUGGAAUUGCAGCUGCAGAUGGGGAAUUCUGCCUUGCAGGUGGGAGCUCUGGGCACUCACUGUCAUCUCUGGGCAGCAAACCAGAGCUGUGGCUGGCUUUUCUCUGUGCUGACUCUGGAAUAGGCUGUUGGCUGCUGCAUUGCCAGAAAUCAGGGUUGAGACUCCUGGGAACUCGUUGUUUACAGUUGAUGUCAUAGCAACUGACUCCUUUUUAACUGUUUAAAGUGGAACUAAAGAUGCAGAGUUAAAGAAAUCCCCUCGUGUUCAGAGAAGCUCCUGGAGUGGUGGCUCCUUGCCAGCUGUGUGCUGACUGAAUUUGCAACACUAUUGUGCAGUAAGUGGUUAAGUUUCAGGGUGAUUAAUGACUGAAAUAGGAACAUUGAGCUCAUUAAUCUGCCAAAAUCAGCAUACCAGGGUUCAAAGUUCUGUAUAAAGCGUUAGGGAAAAGUAGCUUCCAGCAGUAAGAAUCACACCUUUAUUUUUUCCUCCUUUUUUUUUAAUUUUUUUUUUUUUUAAUUUUUAGUGAAUAGCAAGUGUACAAAUUUAAAAGUUGUAAGUUGUGAACACUGGAAAACUCAAUUGUGAUAUAUUCCGUAACCAUCUUAGUAAUAUAUGCUCGUGUUGCCAUAGAA